AUGUCCGAGCUUGGAGCACAGCGACGGACACAAGCAACACAAACGAUUCAAGCACCAUCAGCAUCUCAUGCAACAGGAGAAACACUGCCCAUAAGUUCUCUGGAAGAACCCGAAAGAGAGUCCGUUGAAGUUAGGAUCCUCGUAGAUUAUUCAAGAAAAACAUGGGGUGCAUGGAGGAGAUUUGCCGUAUGGAGGAAGCCCCGGUUAUCUAAAGCGUUUCCUGAAGAGCUAGUCGGAUAUAUGGAUCCAGAUGUAUAUUCGGAACGAAUCAACAAAAUUCACGUUUGUAUAGAUAGGCAGCAGUUUGCUAGGUGGAUGGCUUUAACAGCAGAGAUUAUCGAUUAUAUUGGCGCCAUCACUAUUGUUGCAUUUACAGUGGGAGAUGUAGAAGAAGCAGUGCCAUACACGAGAAUAAUGAUAAUAUUAAUGCUAGCAUUUCAUGUGGUGACGAUGAAUGUUGUUCGUUUACAAAGGAUUAAGGCUCAAGCCAAGUAUGAUGAGAUGGCUAAAGAAUGGUCGUCAUCAACUGUGAAGUAUGAAUUUGAACCAAGGGGAUUGUGGUUGGGUCACAGGAUGUUGUUAACAAUCGUGGUAACGCAUCGGUCACAAGCUUUUGAUCCUGACCCCGAGACGCUUCCGCCUCCCCCACCUGUUUACACUCAAGAGGAGGUUCCUCCUCCGGUUUACUCGUUACACGUAGGACUUCCGGAUACUGUUUCUCUGCCUCCUCCAAAAAGAUUCUCCGUUCCUGUAAUAACCAUUCACUCCGAGGCAGACACUAAUACAGAGCACGAAACACCAUUACUAGCCGAUUCCUCAAGUGUAUAUGAACUGUUCGGUGGGAGAAACCGGACGGUAACUUCAACUGACGCUGAUUCCUCGAGUGUGCAUGAGAUGAUUGGCGUGAGAAUAGAUCCAAUUGAGGAUCAGCAGGACGAAACAAUCAACUCACCAGACAUUGUUGCUUACGAUAGCUCAUUAACUCCCUUAAUUCCUUCUCAUACGAGAAAUGACAAUGGAUAA